AUGAAUUCAUUUAGGCGCGCAUAUCGUGAUCCAAAAUCACCACUCACUCCACUUACACCGCUUGCAUCAAAUACUGAAUUCAGUUUUAACCUGGGUGGUGAUGACUCGCUUAAGCCAUACAUUCAAGCCAUCGAAGCGCGACGGUUUGAAGUAACUACCAAAACCUCUCCAGCUGGACUGAAUGGCGGUGUAAUAUGCGUUAAUCCAAGGAAAUAUACGAAUAAUGUCAUAUCGGAGAGAACAAUUAAAACAAGGAAACUUUCGCCGAGAUUCGUUUCAACAAAAAAAUCGGAUAUUCCAGUCAAGUCUUUUGGCAGUGAAUCAGAUAUUAGCACGACUGAUGCCAGUCUGAGUACUAAUGAGCUAAAGCCGACAUUUUCAUCAAUGACAAAUUCAUCAAAAUGCCAUCGGAACUCCAUAAAUUCGAACACGUCAGCUUUUGAGGAAUCCAUUUACGAUGCAAAAUCUUCCAACUACCAGCUAAGUCCCAGAAAUUCAAUGAGAAAUAACACUCACAACAAAAGCAGUAGACAAUGUUCAGUCAAUGAUUCAAGAGCGUCAAAUUCCGACAUUUCCAGCGACUCCAAUAUUUCCUUUGCCUCAAAUUCGAGCGCAACUUCAAGCUCGCGUGCAUCGGGUUUGGGAAAUCGUUGUCGUAAGCCACCCAAACUGGUGUUGGAUGAUAAUUCGUGCGUCGAAUCAGACGCGACUAUGUCCACUGUUUUCAAGUGGAUGUGGGAUAAUUUGUCACCUAUGAAAAACCCCUCAAUCUAUGAGCUCUUAUUGCGCGUUGGAAUGCAAAAAUAUUGGACAAUUUUUAAACGGGAGGAAAUACUCGAUUUGGAUGUAUUUUCAACUUUGACAAUGGAUGACUUGAAAGCUAUCGGUAUAAGAGAUGUCGACGACUGCGUAAAAAUAUUG